CUCACUUUGCACUACUGGAAGUGAGGUGAAUACAUGGAAGAUGGCAUCGAAGUGUCCUAGAUGCGACAAGACGGUCUACUUCGCCGAGAAGGUCUCCUCUCUUGGGAAAGACUGGCACAAGUUUUGUCUGAAGUGCGAGCGCUGUAACAAGACCCUGAACCCAGGGGGCCAUGCUGAGCACGCCGGGAAGCCCUACUGCCACAAGCCCUGCUAUGCCGCCCUCUAUGGGCCAAAAGGUGUGAACAUCGGGGGGGCGGGCUCCUACGUCUACGACACGCCCGUCAACGAGGCCCCUGCCGGCGUUACCACGGAAACGGAGGCCAAGCCGGAGGAGGAGAAAAGAGCCGCUCGGGGCCCGGUGAAGGCCGCAAGCUUCACCUCUUUCACGGGAGGGCCCAACGUCUGUCCCAGGUGCGACAAGACGGUGUAUUUUGCUGAAAAGGUGACAUCCCUCGGGAAGAACUGGCACCGUCCAUGCCUGCGGUGUGAGCGCUGCAGUAAGACCCUGGCCCCGGGCAGCCACGCAGAGCAUGACGGACAGCCGUACUGCCACAAGCCCUGCUACGCCGUCCUGUUUGGACCCAAAGGCGUUAACACCGGAGGCGUUGGCAGCUACAUCUAUGACGAACCCGGAGCCGAGGCGCAGCCAUGACCAGGCUAACACCACCUGUCAAGGAGAACCCCUCCAGAAACCCACAACGGCUCCGCGGCGGGCCCCCGUCACCUCUCUGGUCCCCCUUCUCAACCCCCGCCCCCCACCCUCACUCCUCCACCCACCCACUACUUCCUACUACACUAUGUCUGUUUCUGGGACCACACCCGCUUCCGGCUGAUCUUCUCUUUUACUUUCCUUCUACGAGUUGGCAAACGACGCGUGUUACCACUGCCAGGGACGCACGCGUCGACGUGUGAUGUUGUAUUUGUAUAUCGUUUAUAUUUCUAUUUUUUGUACCGAAGCAACUCUUUUAUAGGUCCUCCCGUAUAAACGUUGGUCUGCCUUCAUGUUUCUGCAUAAUUGAGUUGCUUUGUAAGCGGCGAACAGAGGUUUAGUGGCGUUGUUGUUUUGUUCCACUGUUGGGUGGAAAAUUGUUUCACAAACUUUUGUGCACUUAAUAGAUGUAGACACACACACAAAAAAUCAGCUGUCUUUCACGUUAUUGUCAGUAUUACCUACACAAUGUCACCCUCGGUCCAAAGAUAAAGAUGGUGUUGUAGAUGUGGACGAUAAAUGCUUGGAGAGGCACAACUGCUGUGGUUUUAGUGAAUGUUUUGUGGGCUACUGUAGGUUUACUGGACCGAGGUGU